UGUCAACUCGAGCCGCUAUCGGCGCUAUUUAUCGAUGCGCUCGUUGACAGCAGCCAGCUAAUCGGAAUUGGAUGAAUUAUUGCACCGAUUUUGUCUACUUUGUGUCGAAAACUAUACAAUGCUUCAUUGAUUUUAGACCGGUGCUGUUAUUUAUCCCGUUUCUUUGAAAUAUCACAGUAAUUUCGGUUGCAAUAUGUUGAGCAGUUUAUAAUGAAUAUGAUGAUGAACUGAUUGAUUCUGGACUCGCAGUAUUGUGAUAGUGUUUGCGGUUUGCAAGAAAUGUACAUUUACCGUCACUGACAGCUACAGUAUUACCACAAGGAUGAAGCUGAGAAAGAGUAACGUGCGACUGUUGGCACUGUCGGCUUUCUAUGCGCUGUAUCUUGUUAUUGGAGCAUCUAUAUUUUCAGCCAUUGAAGGUCCAAAAGAACGAGAUUUAGUGAAAGAACUUCUUGAUUUGAGGAUACAGUUUUUGAAUAAGAACAAAUGUGUGACAGACAAGCAGUUAGAGGACCUGAUAGAAGCCAUAGUCAGGGCUACAAACAAAGGAGUGUCCGCCACCAAAAAUGUGACCAUGUCCGAACCUAACUGGACAUUUGGACAGGCCAUUUUCUUUUCUGGUACCGUCCUCACAACCAUUGGCUAUGGGAGAGUGGCCCCACUGUCGGAUGCAGGGAAGGGGUUUUGUAUUCUGUAUGCCCUGAUUGGAAUACCCUUAACGCUCAUCAUAUUCUCUGCGGUGGUGGAACGCCUGAUGAUCCCCACAAAAAUAUUCCUCUACUUCCUGUUUAGGAAGUUAGGUCAUCUAUACAAGGUAUUUCAUAUCCAAGUCCUUCAUCUUGUCAUCAUGAUCUCUUUGGUGCUUGUGUUUUUCUUCAUCGUUCCCGCUGGUAUCUACGCAGCCCUGGAGCCCACAUGGAACUUCCUCGACGCUUUCUACUACUGUUUCAUCUCCAUGACAACAAUUGGACUAGGAGAUUAUAUUCCGGGAGAUAAUCCUGACCAACACCUCAGAGCCUUAUAUAAGGUUGGAACGACAGUGUACCUGUUCCUGGGCCUACUGGUGAUGAUGCUAGUACUGGCCGUGCUGUACGACAUUCCAGAACUAAACCUUGGCUUCCACUUCUACUUGCGGAGUGAUGGGCAGGAUGAGGAGCGUACCACACUGCGUAGCUCGAUGGACGGAGCAGGCGGCCCCAAGUACUCCAAACAGGUGGACGACGACCAGCAUCCUCAACCAGUCAUCCCUCCCAGACCACCCAUCAUGAAGGAGGACUCUACCACCCAACAAACCCAGUAGAAUAAACAUUUAGUUGUGGUGGCAUACAUUGUCUUAACACAGUGUUCAGUACUGACUAUACAGUGGUUAGAUAUUGUCUGAACAUCAUAUUCAGUGUAAGGUACCAUACAUUGUCUGGACACAAUGUUCAGUACUUACUAUACAGUGGUCAAAUAUUGUCUGAACAUCAUAUUCAGUGUUAGGUACCAUACAGUGUCUGGACACAAUGUUCAGUACUUACUAUACAGUGGUUAGAUAUUGUCUGAACUCAUAUUCAGUGUAAGGUACCAUACAUUGUCUGGACACAAUGUUCAGUAAUUACUAUACAGUGGUUAGAUAUUUAUUGUCUGAACAUCAUAUUCAGUGUUAGGUACAGUGUAUGGUCACAGUAUUUGAUACUCCUUAUAUUAUCAUGGCUAUACAUUGUCUGAACACAGUAUUCAAUGUAUGAUAGCAAUACAUUGUAUGAACCCUAUGCUCAGUGUUGGCCAUACCGUAUUUUCCCUGUAAUAUACUCUAACAGAAAGACUUGUUAAGGAAAAAUGACAAAAUAUUCAUCUCUUGAUCAGUUCCAAAUUUGAUGCCGGACAUGAUCAUUUAUAGAUAUGACCCUCAUCUGUAGAAUGUUUUAAACAAGGAGUGGGCUUGAUACUGAACAUACCGUAUUCAACCUAAUAAGUUUAUCCGCGGCUAUAAGCGCACCCCCACCUUUUGUCUUGGAAAAAUGAUGGAUUACUAGGCAAUUUUAUUUGAUUCGUCCUUUGAAAGAUUGCGCAAACGUUUGGUAGCCCAGUUUGAACACCUACAAACACGAUAGCUGGUUUGAGCAUGAAUUUAUUACCAGUAAGCGCAUCUCUUUUGUGUUUUUGUAAGAGCACAGUGCAUUUGUUGGGUGGAAUAUGGUAUACAAAAUCUGAUUAGCAAGGGAUGGGCUUAACUUGUUUUGUAUAGAUAUAUGUUUAAAAUCUGUUGUAAAAAGGUGACUUUAAAAUCGAACAUAUAUAUAAUCUCUUCAGUAUUAAGUGGGCAUAAUAACGAACAUUUCACAGGUAAAAUAUGGUAUCUUGAUUUAUUUGGACAUUCAGGCAUACAGACAUUAAAGUUUGUGCGAUUGUUAAGGGCCUAAGACCAAGAGUUGAUUCAGUUUCCAAAUUUCAAUUUAAAAUGAAAAUGCUUGUUUAAAGUAUGUUAUAAUUUUGAACCAUUGGAGGGAACAAAAGAAGAAAACUACAAAGCUAAUGGCUAUAAUUCUAUUAAUACUUACCAUAAUUUACUCCCUUUUCAUGACAGAAAUGUAUGAAGGUUGUGACAAUACAUUUAACAUUACCACAGGUUCUUUGUUAUCAUUAUGAUAAAAAAAAAUAACAUGUGGUAUUUGAUAAUCAUAUGGGGGACAAAAAGUUGACAUUUAUCUUCUUAAAGUAUGUACUGUUAUUAUAGUAUACUGGCACUUCCAUUUAACUGACCAGCUGGUAUGCAUUAGUCCAAUGACUUAUAACAUGUGACAAUCUAAAUAUGUGUCAGAUUGUACAGAUUUGUUUUCCAUAAUGUUCAAAAUUGGCAAUUUAAGAAAUUAAAUUACUGGUAAAAAAUUAAGAAAUUGCACGAGAUCAAACCCAGACUGGGAGUAUAGAUUAUACUUAUACAGAACCUUCUGCUUCAGUUUAUGUGUAUGAAAUGAAACAUCUUAAAAGAUUUGCUGUUUUUUAUUUUACGUUGUCAAUACUUGCAUGUAUAAUCUGUGUCUGUUUUAUGUAAAUUUGUUUUGUUGUAUGUAUUGGAUAUCUUAUAUUUAUGUGAAAAUUUUAAAUGAUGCAUGUAUUUUAGAGGAGAACAAAUCUCUUUUUGGAAAAGUUCUGUUCCAAGUCUGGAAAAGGAAAUCUGUUAAAUGCAACAAAUAAAUUCAUGUAGAUUUACACUGAAGUCUGUCUAAUCUGACCCUCGAUAAAUACACACACAUAUUCUGACAUCCUCUGUUAUCCAACAAAAUUAAAUGUGGAUGUUGUAAUCCAAUUUCUUAUUAAAACUACCAAAUAAGGCCCAUGUUAUUUGUAUAAUGUGAUCAGUGUGUUGUGUUCAACUGGGUGUCAGAUUAGACAGGUUAAUCUGACCAAUAGGUUGUGCCCCACAGGCUGUCAUAUUAGACAGGUUUCACUUCUUAUGUUUACAAUGUUUUAUCCUGAAAGGAAAUUUCAAUAUCUGAAUCGCCCACAUUUCAGACUAUUUUAGCAUUCACAAGUCAUGAACACUGCAUUGAUAGGUGUAUAUAAUGGUAAACUUUUACUUCAACAUUUCCAUCCAAAGUUUGAAACAUUCCAGGUGUAUUCUGUGUAUGUAACCGUUAAAGACUGACCCCUGAAUGUAGUGAUGUCUGCUAUGUCUAAGAUGAUAGUAGGCACCAGACUGUUUUCUGUUGCAUCCAAUAUCAACCCAUGUUUCAGCCCCUUAAACAUUGUGUUGGUAAAAUGGGUCCAGCCAUGUUUUGGAAACUUUAAUCCUGGCAGUUCAAUGUUAUCCAGUUACUUGUUUGUUGUUAUUUCAGAGGACCAAUCCAUCUAAUUUAUGAAGGUUAAACUUGUAUCGUGAGACUAAAUCUUAAGCAAUAUAUCUGUAUGUGAGUGUGCAUAUAGCUGCUUCAGACCAGUUAUUUAACAAAAUCUCAAUGCAAAUUCUCAAAAUUUUGAUGUUUAAGAAAUACUAGACUCACAUAUUUUAAUGUCUAGUUUGUAGACAUACAUCUGCAAAGUGGUUUAAUGCACAAAAGUGUACACAGUUUUUUUUGUGUAAUUUUUAAACCCCAAAUGUAAUAAUAAUAAUAAUGAUAAUAUCCACCA